CCCUCGCCGGGAUCAACGGAAGAGCUUCUAAUAACAGAAUAUCAACAUCAAAGCCAUCAUCCCAUCUUACCGCACCGAACCAACUUGUUUGGUGAUGCAUCAUCCAUCCUUCGUAUACGAAGCCUCCAACAGGCUGCACUCCAUCUCACUUCAUCGCUAUCCUGCCACCGAUCCCGCUUUGCUACUGCAGGGUUCUACAUAAUCCUGACAAAAAUAACGCAGCUGAUUGGGCUCGUUGCAGCAUAGGAUACGAUGGAAUGGUAUCGUCCCCUACUCUGAAAUCAUCAAUGUCAGCGUCCUCGGACCCUCUGUAAGAAGGACCACAACAUUAUCGUCCAAACACCCUCUCGCUACUGUCUUUCUUCCUUACUCUCGUUCUAUUUUCCUCAACAUGGUUAUCGACGACAUAUACCAAAGUGUCUGGCCUCAGGUGCGGGACGAUCCUGGUCCUGAUUAGUUCGUUCCAUCUGCCUGGUCUCUCCAUUCCCGACUGGGGUUCAUCUUUGAUCCCCGGCCAUGGCGUUUUGCAUUUUCGACUGCCUUUUGGGCAUACACAGUAAAUGACCGCUGGACUCAGUCAAUGGUUCUGGAGUGCUCGGCCCUGCUGUGGCGCCGGAAAAACCGUUGAAAGCACUGCUAUAGCUGCGAACCGUCAAUAUCACUGGUGCAGGCGAUACACCGCAGGACAUGAAACCAAUAACUCUCUCCUCGGAGCUGGUGUUAUUCUGGGGGCGAAACGCCAAUCCAUUGUCCACCUACGCCCCUCAUCACCAACAUUACUACGCCGAUACCUCACAAUUGCCAUAUGUUAUCGAACUUAUCCGUCACGUUCCGCUUUGGGUCAGACGAGUCGUCUGCAUUCUGUUUUCUGCUAGCGCAUCCUGAAUAUAGGUCCAAAUUUGUGUAAGGCGGGGGCUAUGCCGCAACGACUGAGGCUAUGCUAUGUACCCGAGCAAAAGCAUCAGAGUAUUGUUGUCUUCAACGGAAACAAUAGUUCCAUUUACAAAAUGCUGCACAAACAUUUUGAACUUGCUCACGCCGAUGCUGAGGAACUGGAAAGCGCCCUCUGAGUGAGCAUCUGCCCAUACAGAUGCCCUUUGGGAAGGUCGCCCCCAAGAAUCGUUCAUAUCGACAUGCAUCUUUCCGAACGGUGCACAGAUGAACUCCGGGUCAAAACGCACACAAGCACGCAGGAACCGUGCUCAACGUUAAUUUUCUCCAUGGGGGAACCCACGUUCAAUCACGGCCGAUCGCGCGCAGUGGAGAAUUCAAAAUCCAAUCUACUCUAGAGCGUGAGCAUCUGCACGACUUCACCCUCGCUAUCCGUGUAGAACCCCGACAGUGGGAUGAACAAUCCCGCGUACCGCAAAGAGGCAAUACGGUUACCCUUGGCAUGCUAGCAGUGCGCCCAGCGUGAUCAAGAGCCAGAAUCUGCAGAUCCAUGAUGCCAUUAUAUGCCUUGCAGCAAGUACACACCUAUAGAAGAUGCUUCCCUACUGCAGUAUGCAUGCCUCGUGGAUUUUCCCUUCUAUCCUUUCCUCAAACUUCGGGCUUCUGAAGUCGUAGCUUCCGUUUCAUUUGCAUCGGGUUACGAAAUCGCACAGGAAGGUGUCCCAACAUGUUUGCCUUCUUCUUGCAUUGUCAAAGGUUCUACCUGUUCAAGAAGUAGCAGUCACUUUUGCAUAGCACCUGCCAUCUCACGUUGCGAAGUCACUUUCCCAAAACACCUGUCAUUUCACGUUCGCAAUGUCAUCUCCCACCACCAUCGUGUCUCGCGCGACGCUCUCCCCGACCUCUCAUUCCAGUUGCUCUCUGUCAAAUCUCUUCACUACCGGUUCGCGUCGUCUAUCAAAACACGCCUACAUGUACACAUCCACGAACUGUCACACACCGAUGUAUGUGCAGCGCGGGGAACCCGUCUCAUUCCGCAUCCCGCCUCGUCUGGCCUCAAAAAGGUGUCUUCGCCCCCACACCUUGGACCGCAUGCCGUGCGACUUUUGCCAUUGCAGCCAAUAAGUAGCUCUGUUGAUAUUAUCCUUGACUCAGACUCAGAUUUCAGACCACUGGCUUACCCCUUUGAUAACAAUCAUGAGGGGAAAUAGGGUGAGUUUGUGGUGGGGGCUUCUUCGAUUCAAACUAUCCUUCUUUUGUUUCAUACCAGAGAUGUGAUAGAUAUGGUUUCAUCCGUUGAGCGUGGUUUGUAUUAACUGUUGAAUCUUAGAUGCAGUGCUGCCACUAGCAGGAAGCGAAUGCGAGAUGUGCAAUCGUGUUAUAGUCGCAUCGUUAGAGGAUAUUCCCGCGGUCUCCGAUGGGAACAUUGCUUCAGAGCAAGAGCAGGGACUCGUAGAAGCAAGUGCUCACUAACUCUAAUCCGACAAAGUCGCGGCCGAUCGCAGAUCACGAAACAU